AUGGCUCUGCGUAGAUCCCUGGCAGCCUCCUCGGCGCUUCGGACCGCAAUAGCGGGUCCAUCUACCUUGCCUGCUCGACGAUUCCUCGCUACACCAGUAGAGUCUUUCCCCCUACCUUACAUCAACCUUGGUCAAACCCAUCUAGCCCGAUAUCAUGAGCACUACGAUACAUCUCUUGCGACAGACCUCAUGUAUAUGAACUAUGAUCAUCGAGUCGCUCGUACACCACCUCGACCGCUUCCUGAAAUGGAACCAUUGACACGUCACGAGGCGAAUCAGCCUCGGUAUGGACACAAGGUCCCACUCCAGAAUCUGCCUGUCACCGUGGACAAGAUUCCUCGAUUGGAGAAAAUCACCUUGCAUACGAUGAACAGAAAAGCUGUCGAGUCGAAACAUCACCUGUUACCCACUAUCAUGGCGUUCAGGGCCAUCAGCGGAGAAUCAAUUAAUGGAGGAGGAAGGACAGCUUCAACCGGUGUGUCGAUCAGGAGAGCCAAAACGGGUGCCGCCCGAUGGAGACUUCGAGAAGGCAUGCCCAUCGGGGCUUUGGUGGAAAUCAAGGGAGAAGCAAUGUACGAUUUCGUCCAAUCGCUUGUCGACUUUGUUCUUCCUCGCCUGCGAGAAUUUAGAGGGGUUGGAAUUGAAGCCCCCCCGUCCCCACACUAUCGAAACGCUUCUUCUGGUACGGUACAAUUCGGCUUCGAACCCAACGCUAUGGGACUGUUCCCUCAAAUCGAAGCCAACAUUGAUCAGUACCCCAAUAUGUACGGUUUCACGGUUGCUUUCCACACCAACGCCAGGGGACCUCGAGCGCAGGCAAUGGCAAGGAGUUUGUUGAGUGGAUUCAGGAUACCUUUUAUCAGACAGUAA